UCACCCUCUCUCUGAAAUUAGGGUUUUUGCUCGUUGUUCACUGUCCGAAGCCCUCGCAGCCGGUUCCCGAAUCUCGAAGAUGCCGUCUCACAAGACCUUCAGAAUCAAGAAGAAGUUGGCGAAGAAGAUGAGGCAGAACAGGCCUAUUCCUCACUGGAUCCGCCUUAGGACGGACAAUACCAUCAGGUACAAUGCGAAGCGAAGGCACUGGCGACGUACUAAGCUCGGAUUUUGAGGUGUUUUGUUUGUGAUUUGCUCUUCAAUCCUUCGCAAUUGUUUUGAAACCUAUUUAAGCAUUAGAUGCGGACAAGACAAAGAAUAUAGAGCUAGAUGUUUGAAUUUUUGUCACUCAAUUAAGAACUUGUCGAAGAGAAACACCUGUAGCACUAUUUAGCCUUCUAUUUUAAAUAUAUAUCUGGAGUAGUUUCAGUUCAUAUGUUAA